UUUGAAAGUCCUUUUACUUUUUUUUCCCCCUAAAGUUGGAAUGGGCAGUUAAAUUACUGGAAAUCACGUUUUGCAUUCCAAUUCCCCGCGAGAAGCCCACGCAUCGGCUGGGAUACUUUGGUCCUCUUCUGCAGGUGAUCGAUCGGAUUAAUAUUGUUACAGCAACAUGGCGAUAUUUUAUGCGGUGGUUGCAAGAGGAACCACCGUGCUGUCGGAGUUCUGCGCUGUCACUGGCAACGUCGGUGCUGUGGCUCGUCGUAUUCUUGAAAAACUUCCGCCGGAAGCUGAUUCCCGGCUUUGUUUCUCACAAGAUCGGUAUAUAUUCCAUAUUUAUCGGGCUGAUGGUCUCAUCUUCCUCUGUAUGGCCAACGAUACCUUCGGCAGACGUAUCCCAUUCUCGUACUUGGAGGAGAUUCAUAUGCGGUUCAUGAAAAACUAUGGAAAAAUAGCCCAGCAUGCACCUGCCUACGCUGUGAAUGAUGAGUUCUCUAGAGUUUUGCAUCAGCAAAUGGAGUUCUUUUCCAGCAACCCUUCAGCAGAUACUAUCAACCGUGUCAGAGGAGAAGUUAAUGAGAUCCGGACAAUUAUGGUAGAAAAUAUUGAGAAGAUACUGGAGAGAGGUGACAGAAUUGAGCUCCUUGUAGAUAAAACUGCAACAAUGCAGGAUAACGCUUUCCAUUUCAGGAAGCAGUCAAAGCGUCUUCGUCGUGCCCUUUGGAUGAAAAAUGCCAAGUUAUUGGUUUGGCUGACAUGCUUGCUAGUUGUGCUACUGUAUAUUAUAAUUGCUGCUUGCUGCGGAGGUCUUACUCUGCCAAAUUGCAGAUCUUAGAUGCUUUGCUGGCAUCAGUUCUUCUGAAGCUAAUUAACAGAGGGUCUUUGUCGAGUUGUUUAUCUCUUCAUUUCAGAGGGUUGAUUGUGUGAUCCAACAUGUUCGAAUUCUUGAUGGGUUUGGACACAUUGGGGGAUGAAGUGUUGUUGUCCUUGAAAGUUUGUACAGAAAAAACCCAAAUACAUGGUGCACAUUCAUCAAAAUGUGUGUUUGCCUCAAAUUUGCUUGAUGAAUGGUCAUGUUUUAAUUCUGUGAAUAUGGAUCUAGUUUUGCUUAGUAAUGACAAAUACCUUUUGCUUA